AUGAGCUCGCUUCCUCAAAUUCACAAGACGGUCCUCGCUCUCAGAGGGGAGAUGUCGCGGCGCGACCAGCGCUUCAGGAAUCACUUAAGAGGCAGAAAAUGUUGUGAAUGCGGUACCUUGCUUUCUCACUGGUACUACGAAAAGGAUGGCUGCCUGUUUUGUAGGAAGGACUACUGGGCGAAGUUCGGGGAGCUGUGUCACGGCUGCUCUGAGCCCAUCAACACCGGGCUCAUCAUGGUUGCAGGUGAGCAGAAGUAUCACCCCGAGUGUUUUACCUGUCUGAACUGUCGCUCGUUCAUUGGCGAUGGUGACAACUACGCUUUGGUGGAGAGGUCCAAGCUUUACUGUGGACAUUGUUAUUACGAGACCAUUGUGACCCCGUCGACCCUGCCUGACUCGCCAUGCUCACGGAUCCCUCACACAGUCACGCUGGUGUCCAUUCCGGCCUCCACAGACGGCAAGCGAGGCUUCUCUCUCUCCAUUGACCAGGGGAGCAGCCCGAACGGCUACAGUCCAGAAUAUAACCGCACAGUCCGCGUGUCCCAGGUGGAUUCGGAGUGCAUCAGUCCAGACGUAAAGAACUCUAUACAUGUUGGUGACCGCAUCCUAGAGAUCAACGGCACUCCUAUACAAAAUGUUCCACUUGAUGAGAUUGAUUUGCUCAUCCAAGAGACCAGUCGGCUCCUGCAGCUCACCAUCGAACACGAUCCCCACGAUCCCGAUGAUCCCCGGAGCUCGUUUGAAGACCAGGUGGACGGACCGAGCCCUCUGUCCAAAAUCCACAGCCCCGGCCCAGCGAUCACGGAGCCGCCGAACCACGACGUGAACAACCUGCGCUCCCGCAUGGUCACGCGUAGCUACAGUAUUGAUAAGUCGCCGUGCUCCAGCAUUGCAGGGUCCCCCCUGUCUCCGAGAAAGGACAUCGGACGCUCCGAGUCUCUACGGGUUGUGACAAACCGCACGCACAGAAUAUUUCGGCCGUCAGACCUGAUCCACGGAGAAGUGCUCGGCAAGGGCUGUUAUGGCCAGGCUAUUAAGGUGACCCACAGAGAGACGGGCGAGGUGAUGGUGAUGAAGGAGCUGAUCCGCUUUGACGACGAUACACAAAGAACCUUCCUCAAAGAGGUGAAAGUAAUGAGAUGCCUGGACCAUCCCAACGUGCUCAAGUUUAUUGGCGUCCUCUACAAAGACAAGCGGCUGAACUUUAUCGCGGAGUACAUCAAAGGAGGGACCCUUAGGGAAAUCAUUAAGAAAAUGGACAGUAACUAUCCCUGGAACCAGAGAGUGAGUUUCGCCAAGGACAUAGCAUCCGGGAUGGCGUACCUGCAUUCCAUGAACCUCAUCCAUCGUGAUCUCAACUCGCACAACUGUUUGGUCGGAGAGAACAACAGCGUGGUGGUGGCAGACUUCGGCCUAGCUCGUCUCAUGGUGGAAGACAAGAACCUAGAAAAACUGGGGAAGAUCAAGGGCAUGAAAAAACCAGACCGGAGGAAGCGAUACACGGUGGUCGGCAACCCUUACUGGAUGGCUCCAGAAAUGAUUCACGGGAAAAGCUACGACGAGAGGGUGGACAUCUUUUCCUUCGGCAUCAUGCUGUGCGAGAUUAUUGGUCGAGUAAAUGCUGAUCCUGACUACUUGCCCAGGGCCGUAGACUUUGGCCUGAAUGUGCAGGGGUUCCUGGAACACUUUUACCCUUCGAACUGCCCCCUGUCCUUCUUCCCCAUGGCUGUCCUGUGCUGUGACUUGGAUCAUGAGAAACGACCUUCUUUUGUCAAGCUGGAGGAAUGGCUAGAAAACCUAAAGAUGCACUUGGACAUGCGUCUCCCACUGGUGUCAGAACUGGAGCAGGUCCAUCGAGACUUCUGGCAGAACCAUUCGCCCUGCGAAAACCAGCUUCCCGCUGAUCGAGAGCAGCUUGAAUAGCCGAACGUGAACACACGGCGUUCGUACAGGACGUUGCAAAGGAAACCCGCUGGCUGAGGAGUGAGGGCUCCGGCGCUGGGGCCACGCCAUGCUUCGCUGGUAUUCUGUGAAGUUCGCACCAUUAACUGGAGAGGCACUGUAGGGGUGAAGAUCACAGCUACUGUGGAUUCAUUCAUUGAACGAAUUCAUAAAUUCUUCGACGUCACUUUAGCUUCAAUGUCGUAUCACUGUUCUUGGUGUCUGUUGUGUGCGUUUCGAGUAAAUGCAAUCGUGAAUAUUGAAGUCACUGCUAGUUCUGAAAUGGUUUACCCACUUAACUACUUCUUAAAUCGAGGGAUCUGGGUACACCAACAGAACAUGAGAGGGUUAGGGUUGGAGUUAGGGUUAGGGUUAGAGUUAGAGUUGGUGUUAGGGUUAGAUUAGGGUUAAGGUUGGUGUUCUUGGUGUCUGUUGUGUGUGUUUUGAGUAAAUGCAAUCAUGAAUAUUGAAGUCAAUUCUAGUUCUGAAAUGGUAUACCCACUUACCUACUUCUCAAAUCGAGUGAUCUUGGCACAACGACAAAACAUUAGAAGGUUAGCGUUAGAGUUAAGGUUGGGGUUAGAGUUAGAGUUGGGGUUAAGGUUAGAAUUAGACUUAAGGUUGGGGUUAGGGUUAGAUUUAGGGUUGGAGUUAGGGUUAGAGUAAGAGUUGAGGUUAGAGUUAGGGUUAAAGUUAAGGUUAGAAUAAAGGAAAAAUUUACUUAAAGAAGGCUGUAAGCCUUUAGUGUGCACUAGGGUUACAGUAAGAGGUAAUAGAGGCAUCGUAAAGGUUGAGGUUAGAGUUACAGUUAAAGUUAAGUUUAGGGUUAGGGUUAAGGUUAGGGUUAAGGUCAGGGAUAGAGUUAAGGUUUAGGAUUAGAGUAAAGGCUGAGGUUAGAGUUACAGUUAAAGUUAAGGUUAGGGUUAGGGUUAAGGUUAGGGUUAGGGUUAAGGUCAGGGAUAAAGUUAAGGUUUAGGAUUAGAGUAAAGGCUGAGGUUAGGGUUACGGUUAGGGAUAGAGUUAAGGUUACAGUUAGGGUUAAGGUUAGAGUUACGGUUAGGGUUACAGUUAGGGUUAGAGUUAAGGUUAGGGAAAUGCAGUGCAUGUUUGUAUAUAGUCUGUUCCUCUACCCGUCUCUAAAUAUACACAGGUCACACAGAUCAUGUACACAGCAUCAUGUCUUCAUGUUGAAUGUCUUCAAGGUACCCUGCUCUGAGUUUGGUACAUCAUAUUUUUGCAUACUUUGAUCCAUCUACACUCUCAAGACUGAUCCCAUCCCAG